AUGCCACCGCUUAAUCACAAGGCUUCGACGCCUCUUACCCACAAGGCCACAGCACCUCUUACUCACAAGGCCGCGACACCUCUUACUCACAAGCCCACGACACCACCCCAUCCUGUUGCGUCGUGUCUUUCUCCUAAGAGAGUUGAGACAGCUCACAAGGCCUCGGGACCUCUUAGUCCAAAGCCCACUACACCACCCCUGCCUGUUGCAUCGUGUCUUUCUCCUAAGAGAAUUGAGACAGCUCACAAGGCCUCGGGACCUCUUAGUCCCAAGCCCACAACACCACCCCUGCCUGUUGCAUCGUGUCUUUCUCCUGAGAGAGUUGAGACAGUUGAAAACAGGCAAUUUUUCUCUCUCAAUCGGCCAUCACCACUCUACAAGGCUGUCCAGGGAGGUGCAUUUCCUCCAUCUGUUUCGCAGAAAGAGUCAGAGAUGAAUCCCAUCAACCCUGGUUCUGUGCAUGUUCCUCCUGCAUAUUCAAGGAAGGUUCCUCUUAAUACAAAGGCAGAACCUCCUAAGAGUGUCAUCACACUUGACAACAAAAAGUUAUGCUCUACAAGCAAUCAAUCUGCACUUAAAUGUCAGCCCACAAAAAGAGACGCAGAUCCUAUUGUGGAAAAAGAAACUACUGUGAAGCUUCCAUUACUGAGCCCAACAUCUGUGCUUAGUUCAAGUUCCACCGAGGUAUGUCCAGAUACUGGAAGGUCUUCGUCCAGACUAAAUUUGUUUGAUGGAAAAUCCAAGCUGGACUCACUGCAGCCUGAAACAAACAUACCUCAAGCAAAAAGCCCAGAGUCUACAACUCCAACCCCAUGUGCUCAACUUUCCAAUGAUUUGAGAGUUGUUUCUUCCACUAAGAGCCAUGUCGAGAAACAAACGAACCAGGAACCAUCAAUUAGUCGUAACAUGUCUUCAGGUGCCCAAUUAAUUCUACAUACACCACUGUGCAAGGAGACAUACCAACCAGAGGCCUGCUGGAAGGGCAAAUUUGAAAUAACUGGAGAGCUAACACACACUUGUGAUGGACUUGAAGCCUAUUUCCCUUGUGAAAUUUCUAGCAAAGUUUAUGAAGCUUCAAAACAGAUGCCUGAAAUCUUGAAGCUAGAGGCUCUACCUCUUUCUGGCCUGUUACCAAAAAAAUUCAAGAUGGAACCACCUCUUGCUCAAGAUAUUGGACUGUGCUUCAUAAGUUCUUGUCAAAGGCCAAAUAGGGACUCUUACCAUCUCCUGGAAAAUGUUUCUUCACAUAUUGGCUUGCGGACUGACAUCGGCACCGUGGAGUUGCUUAUAUUUUCGUCCAAGCUGCUUACGGAAGAUGAUCAAAAAUCUGUUGUAACAGCGAAAGACGGAGAACUUUACCUUUUUGGAGUUUUCCAGAAGCGUACCAGAAAGAGGCAGCACCGAGUCGACAGUCAUACAGAUAUCAGCAAUGUUGGCCUUUCAAAGGGAGACUGUAAUAUAUCUGAGGAUAUUGGCUUGGACCUGGAUAUGAUAGGAGGCAAAUACACAAAAGGUAAUGCAGCUCCCGCUGUUUCUUUCUUCACUGGGUCUUGUAGUCCUGACUCCGCAGGGACUACAGAUUCUCUAUGUAAAUCUGCUAGGAGAGCUCCUGCUUGCGGAGACCUUGUUUUGGACCCACCUUCAGGAUUUCCUCUUGAUGUCCCUCCUGGCUUCACAAGAGCUCGUUGUGGGCUUCGUAGAGGAAAAACUGCAGAAUCACAUAUCAACUCUUCUCCCAGCCUUGCUUUCGACACUCCAGGACCGAGACUUGAUGCUCCUCCAGGAUUUACAAAAGCACAUGGUGGAUCAGAAAACGGUGCUUCCACUCUUUUCUCUGAGAGAAAGUCCCCAAUCAAGUUCUCUCUCAACAUUACAAGGCCUCCUGGAUUUGCUAAAUUGGCUGAGGUGAAAAAAGAGCCUGGGUUACCAGCAUUCUUUAAGGCUACGGAGAAAACACCACCAAUUGGAAAAGCAAAUGAAAAGGAUAUCAAGCAUGAUAAGCAGGUCAACGUGGAAGUGGAAUCGGAUGACAGCUCGGAGGAGCGAGAGUUUCCCAAGACCAAGAGGCUCUCAGAUAUCCUGGGUUCUUGUGCCUCUUCGUCCUGGAGGAACAACGCUAGUACCUCAGCCGCACCUCGAAACUGCUCUGAAGUUUUCAGGCCUGCGACUGCGAGCAAGUUUGAGGAACAAAAGCAGCAGCAUCGGCAUUGCAGGAAGAGAGGGCAGCAGGAAGCAUCCGAAUCCGAUGCUGCUGUCGAGGCCACCAAAAGGCUCAAGGUCAACGGCCGCAUCGCGCUCAAUGGUUGUCCUGCCCUCAACUCCAACCAAGCGCAACCCAAAACUCCACCAACAUAG